GCGCGGCGGGAGCAACUCCUCUCCAGCGCCGCCGUUCGCUCCAGAGGAGGCCCUCGACGUCGCCGCUGCUUCGCGACCGACAAGCCCCUCGGAUUUUAACCAUGAGCACCCGGACAUCCUCCUCUUACCGCCGCAUGUUUGGCGGCGCCAGCCGGCCCGGCAGCAGCCGCUCUGUAACCACCAGCCGCUACUCGCUGGGUAGCUCCAUCCGACCGAGCUCCGUGCGCCUGGUCUCCUCCUCCCCCGGCGGCAUCUAUGCCUCCAAAGCCGUGCGGGUGCGGAGCAGCCUUCCGCAGAUGCGUAUCGGCGGCGAUGCCCUGGGGGUCGACUUCUCCCUGGCCGACGCCAUUAACACGGAGUUCAAGGCGAACCGCACCAACGAGAAGGCCGAGCUGCAGGAGCUGAACGACCGCUUCGCCAACUACAUCGACAAGGUGCGCUUCCUCGAGCAGCAGAACAAGAUCCUGCUGGCCGAGCUCGAGCAGCUGAAGGGCAAAGGCACCUCGCGCCUGGCCGACAUCUACGAGGAGGAGAUGCGCGAGCUGCGCCGACAGGUGGACCAGCUCACGAACGACAAGGCGCGCGUGGAAGUGGAACGCGACAACCUGGCCGAGGACAUUCUGCGCCUGCGCGAGAAACUUCAGGAUGAGAUACUUCAGAGAGAAGAAGCUGAGAACACCCUACAGUCUUUCAGGCAGGAUGUUGACAAUGCCUCCUUGGCCCGUCUGGAUCUUGAACGCAAAGUUGAAUCCCUGCAAGAAGAAACUGUCUUCUUGAAGAAACUUCAUGAUGAGGAAAUCCGUGAGCUGCAAGCCCAAAUCCAGGAUCAACAUGUCCAGAUUGACAUGGAUGUUGCCAAGCCUGAUCUCACCGCAGCCCUGCGUGAUGUGCGUCAGCAGUACGAAAGUGUUGCUACAAAGAACCUUCAGGAAGCUGAGGAGUGGUACAAAUCCAAAUUUGCAGAUCUGUCUGAAGCAGCCAGCAGGAACAAUGAUGCCCUGCGCCAGGCUAAACAAGAAGCUAACGAGUACCGCAGGCAGAUUCAGUCUCUCACCUGUGAAGUGGAUGCCCUUAAAGGAACUAGUGAGUCUUUGGAACGCCAGAUGCGUGAGAUGGAGGAUAACUUUGGGGUUGAAGCUUCCAACUACCAAGACAGCAUUGCCCGGCUUCAGGAGGAAAUUCAGAACAUGAAAGAAGAAAUGGCUCGCCAUCUCCGCGAGUACCAAGAUCUGUUAAAUGUAAAGAUGGCUCUUGAUAUUGAAAUUGCCACUUACAGGAAACUGCUGGAGGGAGAGGAGAGCAGAAUUUGCGUGCCAAUUCCAACUUUUGCUUCCCUGAAUCUGAGAGAAACAAAUCUUGAGUCUAUCCCGGUGGAUACCCACUCAAAGAGAACACUCCUAAUCAAGACUGUUGAAACUAGAGAUGGCCAAGUAAUCAAUGAAACUUCUCAUCAUGAUGACCUGGAAUGAAGAGUGAGAGUAACACAUCUGGUGCAGAAACAAAAGGAUCUUUUACCAGCAACACUAAAAAAAAAACAGCUUUCAAGUAGUGGUGUGCAAAAUGUUUCAAGUUUGAAACACCCCCUUUAGGAUAGGGCCACUUUGAUUUUGGGACACUUCCAUGAUGCUCAAAACAGCAUCAGAACACUUCCAGUAAGGUAGUUUCAAACUUAAGGCAGGGCUUUUCAAGUUUGAAACAGUUUGCACGCUUACAGUUUCAAGUGCCUUUCUACAUGUUUUUUCCAAGAGCGCAAGAUGGUUACAGUAGAAAAAAUAGAUCUUAGAUCUUGAGAAUUGAUUCUUUCUUGAUGGAUUAGGAGGGCUACAGAAAAGAGGGCUUAGUUGAGACAACUAUCUUAUGCUGCAGUACUGUUUUUUAAGUUUCUGUAUUCAAUUAAAUUACUUUUUUCAGCACAGUAUGCGUAACUCUUAUUGCUUCAAUAAACAUUUUGGAAAUGGCUAA